GUUGACGGAGACUGGAUGACUGUAAAUGGGAGUGUCACUGUCACCUCUCCGCAAGCAAUCCUCACAGAGGACAUCUUUCUCCACCACACCAUCAACCCCUCCACCAAGCUCUUCCUAGCUCUCUACUACACGCUCAUCCUCAUCAUGUGUUGGACUGGCAACAGUUUCACCCUCUACGCUACUGUUAAACACAAUGCUAUUAAGCUGGACAAGUUGUCUGUGUGGAUCAUACAGAACCUCUGCGUGGCUGAUAUCCUUCAUGGCUGGAUCCACGUACUCCCCGUAGUAAUAGCCCUCUUCUUCAAAUACGACCUGGAGCCCAUCUGUAAACCGCUCCUCACAAUAAAGUACGUCUUUAUAGACGCUAACUCCUUCUUGAUUAACGCACUAGUGUUCAACAAGUUGUACCGGUGCAGGUUCCCCUUCCGGCCAGCUUCUACUGCUAAUACUCGGGUCGGGUUGACGGUGUGUGCGGGACUGAGUGGCUGCUUGUACGCUGUCAUCACUAUCAUCAAAGUUAUUCAUACCAGACAUGCUAGGUUUCAAGAGAACUUCUUUGGUUGUGAGGCGGACGACCCAAUGCCAGCCCGGUACAACAAGCUGGAUCUGGUGAUGACGUGCAUUGUUCUGGUUAUACCCGUUACUACUCUUGUUAUUGCUAAUACUGCCCUUCUUAUUAUAGCACUGGGCAAAGGUAUGAACCUACCAGAAACCCGAGAGCGAACCUCCAGCUUAACCGACCGCCGCAAAUCAAUCCUAAACGCCCAGAUAAACAAACGCAGCUUUAUCAUUAUUGGAGCUACCACCAUAUUCUACACAGUAGCCCAACUCCCUUAUCUCUACUUCUGUUUCGAGAUGUACGGGAUCACUAAUACUCUGAGUGGACUGACCCUGGUCAGAUUCACACGGUUCUCCUUUGUAAUAAUGCAGAGCUCCUGUUUUGUAAACCCUAUAAUAUACUUCACGACUAACAGAGGGUUCAGAAGGUUCAUGAUAGAGUGCGUGUACAGGUGCAUCGGUAAACACAGUGAGAUUGAACGUAGAAGUUCAAUAGCGGCUCUCUCCCGGAAAGAAACUAGAAUGAUGAACUCGGUAUCUGAGAAAUCAACUCGUUUCAGUACGGUAGCUCCGCGGUUGGAGAGUAAAACAAGCAGUGUUAUUUUUAACGUCAGAGCGUAUUACGGAUGCUACAAUGUUAAUGUGCCCAAAUGUAAGGGAAUUAGUCUUUCAGCAAGAGGCUGCUGUCUCUCAGAACAUAAACUAAAUGGGAAUGAUGUAGAUGGUAUUAAAGAUGAUAUGAAUGGAAACAAUGGUAAUCUUCUUGAAACAGAGAUGAAAGAAGAGUUUACGUAGAUUCAAGUUUCAAACUCGGCCUAUUUUUUGUCUUUUUUAAUUGUUUAGUAAUUUAAUCUUUUGUUUUUUAUAGUUCAAUUUAGCCGUUGAAACAUUUUGUAUUCAUGACUACCAAUAUUCAAUCGCUACCAUUACCAAAUGGGGUCAACUGGUAAUUUUGAUCGAUCCUAU